AUGACCCAUAUUCGAAAACGUUCGCGCCGAAAGUGCGCGGCGGGCGCGAAAGGGGACGCCGAGAAUUUCGUGCUCGGUUCCGGCGUGCCGGCGCGCGAACGCACACACACGCGCGCCCGUAAUCGCCGAAUUGACACCGGCUACAUUCAAUUGGAGCGGGACGGAGAUAGACGAGCGCGCGCGCCAGAGCGGGAGAGAGCUAGCAAGGUUACGCUCAUGGCCGCUGUCAUAAGACUAGUGCUGGGCGCCUCCGUG